AUGAGCGAUGACGAGUAUGAGCCAGAUAGUGACGAAGGAUUUGACGAUGAGUUCUUCGAUGCAAGCGAAGAUUCUUUUGAUCUUGAAGAUUCAUUUGCAGCUAGAACGUACACUCCGCCUAUUGAAGAAGCCGAGGAUCGCGUGGAAGAAGUUCAGCAAGAGGAAGAGAGCAUUAUAGAAGUGCAACCAGAAAAGACACCACCAGAGGAGAUUCCACUUGUGACGGUUCUUGAAGAGGAAAUGAAUCAGGUACAAAAUGAGGUGAUUCAAGAAGAGUUCGAAGAAAUGGUUCAACCUCAGAAGGUUUCAGAAGAAGAACAGAAAGAGUACCGACGUAAUGUAAUUUUACAAGCGAUACACGUGUUGAAGAGUGACACGCGAACCGAGCAAGCUUACAAUAAUUUUAUCGAGACAGUAGGAAUGUAUCCUGAGCUUUUGCCUAAGCGACUUUCUCCUACGGGCGAAUGGCUCACACAUACGUGGAAUGAAUUGGAAUUUCUUAUGUAUCAUUCGAAGUCUUACAUGAGAGAAACUAUGCAGCCCCUUAGCAUUGAUAAAGACUUCUCCUUUAAGGCAUGUAAAUCGCUUGCACCAAGAAGACUACACUUUGAUACAUUUGAAAGAGUCGAUCAUGUUGAAGCGCUUGUGAGACGGCAACUGGGCGGUGCAAAUAUAGUCGCAGAUUCUGCACCAAAUGUUUUGUAUAAAAGCUUUAGUGCUUUAAUCACGCUUGACGGUUGUCAUUCUCUACCGUCAUAUAAUAUCCUUUUUGACCCUUCCGGACAAAGAAUAAUAAUUGGAAAUGAGGACAAUAAAGUUAAAAUAUGGUCUAGUAAUGACGGUAUCUUGUUACGUACGUUUAAUUGUACCUACGGAGGGAUUGUAGAUAUGGCGAUAAACAAGGAAAAUGAUAUUCUCGCUGUUGCAUGUGGGGACAAAAAUGUUUGUUUAUUUGAUCUAGUGAAUUACAAAAAAAUCACGAAAUUCCGUCUUGAUUCUGUUCCUACUUCAAUCCAAUUUUCCUCGACUCCGCUUGCUGAGAACUGCUAUAUUCUCGCAACGUGCAAAACUAGCAAUUUUUACUUGGUCAGGUAUGAUAGGGCUAAUGAAAAGGUCCCAUUGAACAUCGAAAACGCCCAAGUCACCCGACCGGAUGCCGUUUUGUACAAAACCAGAUCGUAUUUCGUGACCUCAUCCUUCAACCGAACUGGUACUCGAUUCGCAAUUGGCGGUAAUGACGGACUGAUACGUGUCUUUUCGACAAUAAAAGAUAAAACCUUUAUAAAAGGAUUACAACAACAAGACAAUUAUAUGUCCGACUAUUCAAAACUCAAAGCUGAUGAAAAAACUCGGAUCCAGGAGGCUAUUGAAAAGUUCGAUCUGGUUAAAUACAUCGAGGAGCAUUUGGCUGCCAUACCUGAAUAUCAACCAGCAUACAUUGAUGAAGAUGGCAAUAAAGGUCGCGAAACGGUUAAUCAAAAUUCACCUCAAUUACGUUGCGUCCGGAGGGGACAAAGGCGUUCGAAUCUGGAAGAACAAAUAGUCACCGAAUCACAAGGACCAUGUUUGAGCGAUGGUUCACAGAGCGUGAAAAACGAAAAUGAUGUCGAAAUUAUGAGUAGCACAUCUAGUAAACGCGUGGAACCCCCGCAGUCGGUAAAAUCCUGCAUGAGUGACAUAGAUUUUAGUGAUGUGUCCGUUUUAAAAUCCAUGGAAAUAGACCUUAAAGACACUCGUGAUGGUCUUGACAAUGCGGAUAUUGAAGAUAAUUUAUCAGACAUAGUUCGAACAAUUCGCGCAAAUGAUCGAAUGGUUGUCGACUCGGAUUAUGAGGGUCAUCUGGAGGUGUCAGGUGGUGACGACGAACUUCUUGAUCAGGAUAUUGAGGAAUUGCCAAACCCAAUCGACUUGAACGACGUACUCAAGGAUGACGAUAUUGUUAAUGACGCUAGUAUGGCUGACCACGACGUGACUUCAUAUCAUGAUGUCAUAACUCCUGGUCAUAAGACAAACAUUAAAAAUGAUACGGCUUCGGAACACAACGAGAUUGAAAUGACUAAUCGUGAGCGUAUCGGCGAAUACGCCGAUAUGUUUUCAGAUCAUAAGUCCGAUAUCACGUUGGAGAAUCGCGACGAGCCGGAGGAUGUAUUUGAGGAAAAGAAAUCAAAGGUGGACUCUGAGAAAAAUAAAUCCAAAGACCCUGUACCAGGAAUAAUUGAAAAAUUAAUUAGGCAGCUUUAUUUUACGCCGGUGUUAUUAUCUGAUCUAAUAGGCCAUACUAAGAAGGUGCAUUCUCUUGAAUUUGCACACUUUAGCAACCAACUUAUCUCCGGAUCAGAUGAUGGAAAAUUAUUGCUUUGGGAUUAUGAUAAAGAACUUAAAGAUUGGGGGUCUAAAGAGCUCAUCGCAGGUGUCCCCAUUACUACCAUUCGAUGGAGUUGUAAUGAUCAAUAUAUCGUCUCCGGUCACAACAAUGGAGACAUCAACGUAUUUGAUAGUGCCACAGGGCAGAGGGUGCGACACUACGCUCAAGCACAUAGCAAAAUAUUUUAUGUUCUUGAUGUUAAUCCACGUGACCCUAAAAUAUUCAUGUCUGCGGGAUAUGAUGACCGAAUUGUCGUAUGGAAUGUGGACCAAAGGGAGGAACUGAAAUGCAACGAACCACAUCAUAGAAAUGAUGGCGGCAAUGAAACAUUUGAAUUUUAUGACGGUAAAUGGCGAGAGGAUGGUGUAAUGUUUGCCGUUACUGAUAACGUCGGUAAAUGUUAUUUGAUCGGUCUAAAAAAAGAAUUAUAUACACAUCAGAUACAGCGUGCCAAAUUUGGACAAAAAUUCUCGACCGAAGACUUGUACUCCGAAAUCGUGGAAAUAUCAUCAAAUUCAAACCCAGGGGUCAUGUUGUAUAACGAUGGAUGGGUUCACGCUGAAUGCCCGAUUCAGCUGGAAGUCAUCAGCAGUCAAGGAACACCAUACGCAUAUCAACAUAGUGUAGAAUUUAUCAAGAGCAUAUCAGGACCAAUGUCUGAGAAGGACAUUAACUUCAUGAAUCGAGGACGACUCGAGAUGAUAAUCGAGGAAGCCAGAAGGCUUGUUGAAGAUCCAUUUGAGUUAAAACCAUUGAAUCAAAAGAUGGACUUAAAAGAGAUUCAGAAACACAGGCGAAAGGUCAUAUUAUCGGAAGAUGAACUCGACGAUAUCGACCCGAUGACUAUUGAAAUCCCCAUAAUCCCCAUACCUGAUGAUGAUGAACAACGUGAUCAAAAUUAUGACCCCGAAUUGUCCGAAUCUGAAACAAGUGAGGAUAGUGAAGUAGAAGAACGAUUCUCUAAAGAUGAUUCCAUAUUUGGAGAUAUUGAACAUGAGGUGAUUGACAAUGAUAAUGACAGCGAUUAUGUUCCCAACAAACGAGCAAAAACUUCGCGUGGACGUUCAAAUAUAGGUGCGAAGGGUGGGGGUCGUGGUAAAGCAAAAGCCCGCGGUGAAAUUUCACUCAAUGAAACCGAUCAUGAACAAUUUGUCUUUCCCGAUACUGAAAAUGAUGAACCUAUUCCUGCCAAGUCUAAUAAUGCUAAGAGUAGGAAACGAAGGCGAAAUGAUGAUGAUGAAUACAUAGAAGACAUAGGCGGCCCUAGUGCAACCACUACUACCACCAAUAGUCGACCGUUGAGGAGAGUACGUGCGCGCAUAAAUUAUAAUGAAAGUGAUUCCUUUCUUUCUGAUGACUACGAUGCGUCUGAAUAUCAUCAUACCACGCAUUCUAAAAUUUCGACGUAUGAGAUAUCUGGAAACGAUCAGGCACGACGUAAUUCGAGAUCACCUUCCUUACAUAGAAACGAUGGAAAUAUAUCAGAUCAUACGUCGGGUACUAAGCAAAUUCCCGAAAAUUUUGGUUCUAGAUCCAUCGAAAACCCAAUAAAUGGCGUAAGGAUUGAUACAUUGAAUAACCGAGAAUCGGUGGAAACUGAAGAACAUAAGGAGGCAGAUCGUCGCCCAGAUUGGAUUAAAGCGCCGGGAGAUUAUAUUGUGUACUUCAAGAGAGGACAUCAAGCGUUUAAUGGUUAUGUUUCCGAGCACUAUCAAAAUUGUGCGUUGCUUAACAUAAUUAUGCAAAAUGUAGCAAGCUUCCCGUAUUAUCAUAAGUUUGACCUUUCCAGCAUAGCCUUUUUUCAAAUUGACGUUGUAACGUGGUAUGUAAAUGAUGAGAAUAAAGAGGCAAAUCGAGAAAAGUACCAAGAGAAAGUCGAAAUGGUGGAGGCAAAAACAAGUAAUAUUCUGUCGCCGGUCAACGAUUAUCCAGAGUUGAUCCUUGACAGCUCUGGUAAUAAACAAGAAGUUUCGAUGUUCGCGGAGAUAAUAUGUCGAAUAGUCCAUCCGACAUGGACAGAAAGUGAAUUUCCUCUUUCCCCGGAACGUAAUUUUAGAAGGCCUAGAAGUAAAUAUAUUAUCCCUUACGUUGACCUUAAUGGAUUACGGGAAUUCAUUUUACCGUACGAGAAGUUUGCUGAGGGAAUGAAUCGAAAUCGUAACCUCGAUGUCGGUGAUAAAGUGGAUGUCUAUUAUCAAGAUGGAUUCUAUCCUGGAACAAUAUUAUCAAAGAACAAUUCUUCUUUAUGGUCGGACUCUGUGCCGUCCUUUACUGUGAAAUGGGAUGACAGUGAUGAACAUGAUGAUUUCUAUCCUUGGGAGCUUAAAAUUCAAGGGUCGGAAAAUUUGAUCACUGGCUCUAUGAGUGACGAAGUUCGCACCAAGCUCCUCGGUAUCAUUGAUGAACUUCUGGAUGACCCGAUGUUCGAUUGUUUUUGUAUGCAUGUUAAUUUCCACAUGUUUCCGCAAUAUCUCAAUGUCAUACCGCAUCCGAUGUCAUUAAGAAUGAUCCAUCAAAGACUUUUAAAGAAAUUCUAUCGUCAUCAAUAUGGUGUUCAACAUGAUCUCGAGCUGAUCGUAAAAAAUGCGAAAAAAUUCAACGAGCCAGAUUCAUUCGUUCCCGCUGCCGCAAGUCGUCUUAGUAGUCUGUAUAGAAAGAAAUACGAAAAGCGAGGACUCGAAGCUUAUCCUGCAUAG